GUGUGUGUCGCUACUGCCCCUGUCAGGUGCACUACAAGCAGGAAACAGAGGAUGAGUUUCACCUGAGUCCUAAGUCCCUUCUUCCUCCUCCCCCCGGAGCCGCCCCGUAGCUGUCUCUUGGUCUCUACCUGCUACGCCUUUCCCAGGAGUAGUUCCGUGGCGUUCGGUAGCGUCGCCGUUUGGUUAGUUGGCGCUGUGCUACUCAUGCCGGGCCGACACCGUCUUCUAAUGCGCUUGGGAAUCUGUCAGAAUGUGAAGUCCUGAGGAGACUUACAGGCGGAAGGGCUGGAAGGUGCUUAGAGUAAUCACGUUCACAGUUAAAUCCAUGGCUUUGUGCACCUGAUAUACAAGAGGAAGAAAAGAGGUUGAAAUGCUGUUGCCUCCUCAUGGCCUACAAGAUCCAAGAGAUUAGUCUGACUUCUACUGAGAGCAUGCCAGAGCUGGAUGCAGGGGAGGGGCCUGUGGCCCUGGAGCCACACAUGGAUGUACAUCUUCUUGAGCCCAGCUGUAUGCUGAUACUGAUCAUCACUGGCAAGAUCAUAUUGAACAUUUUCAUUUUUGGGGCCAGACAUAGGAAAGUCCACACAAGCUUCCUGGGAUGCUUCUGUGUCUCAUUGGGUGUUUUGGACUUUGCCCUGUUGCUUACCAUUUCGGUAAUCCAUUAUUUUGAGGAUUUUGCUAUUCAUGGCAUAAGGUUCACUAACUAUCACAUCUGCCUGUUAACUCAAAUCAUAUCCCAUGCAUAUGGCAUUUUGCACUAUCCAGUGUUAUUGACAGCAGGGCUAGAUUAUUACAUUACUGUUGUCAAAUCCGUUCAUCUCCCUAGGUUUUGUCUCAGCUUCCUCCAUGUCAUACUUACCUUGCUCCUGUGGAUGGCAGCACUGGCUUUUGCCCUUUAUUCUUCUGUUCCUCCUCCAGCCCCAGAACUGUCCUCAUUCCAGUGUACUUUUUACGUCAGCAGCCAGACUUACUAUCUAUCAGCCGGUGUGGUAUUUGCCAUUGUUCUGAUUUUGGGAAUCUGUUGCUUUGAAGUGGUGGCUUUUAUAAAAUCCAUGAAGUUCAUCUCCUUCACCAACAAGACUGUUUUGCUGUUUUCCUGUGGAGACGAGUGGCCAGUCCAAGGAACCAAACGUCUCUUUACUGCUCUUUUGUUCUCAUUUCUGGGCACUUGGGCACCAUUUGUCCUCCUUCAAAUAAUUCUCCUCAUUUUGCAUGCUCCGAUCCCAGGGUACAUGGACAUGAAUGUGGCUUGGCUUUAUUUUAUGAACAGCUUCCUUGUGGGAAUGGCCUAUGGCCUUAAGUAUCCUUGCAUUCACCUGACCAGAGAGACACUUUCCAUAGACCCUUUCAUCAGCUGGAAGUAUUGCAUUCUGCCUUUUAUUGACAUUGACUACAAAGUGGAGGAUUUUUUAAAGGAGCAGUUACAUCCAGUUAUGAUUGUUUAAAUCACUGUGCGUUCCAGGCUACAGACUGUCAGUUUUAUGUGAAACAAUAAAACUCCUCUCAGGUUCUUUUGUUUACUAAAUGUUUAUAAGCAUGGUGUCUGUACUUAGGUAUAUUGUUUAUGCCAUACAGAGGAAACUUUCUUUUGCUCUUUCCAUUGCCAUUUGUUUUUCUUUAGGGGAAAUAAAGGCUCAGUAAAAAAAAAACAAUGUAAAUAGGCACAAGACAUCCCCUGAGCAUCUUUGCUGUUUUUGUUUAAGGAGUCUGCAACUUCUGAUCAGAAGCCCUUUGCAUAGGGUGCCCAUGAAACAGCAUCCCUGUGCCCAGCGCAGUGUUUCUCACCUGUGCACUUUCUAAAUGGGCAUGAUUAAUUUGCUUCUCUAAUCAUGCCAAUUUGUUUUGUUUUUUUCCCAAUAAUGUUAUUGCCUAUUUAAAAAAAAAAAAAAAAACACUGUUGCCACUAGGAAGCAAUGACAGGGUAUUUUGUUAUAUUUUAUAGGUGUGUCAUGAACUAUUGUUUCAUACAAAAUGCUAUAAAAUUAACUUACUUAAAAGAU